GCCGGAAGUCGUCGCUAUAUGUUGACGUUUCCGGCUCCGGCAGACAUAUUGCUGCUUACAGGAGCAAACUGUGGAAAGCUAGAAGAGAGAGAAAGGAUUUAAAACUGAUUCACAUCUUCACGACCUGAUACACUCAAACGAUAUACGACAUAAUGGAGCCGUCAGCCAGUCCGGCCAAAGAUAACUACAGGAUGAACCGCUACAAGAACAAAGCACUGAACCCAGAGGAGAUGAGGCGCAGGAGAGAGGAGGAGGGCAUCCAGCUCAGGAAACAGAAACGAGAACAACAGCUUUUCAAGAGGAGGAACGUGGACGUCCUCAACGAAGAGGAAGCUAUGUUUGAGAGUCCACUGGUGGACUCCUACAACAGCUCUCCAGCAACAGAAGGAGUCAUUACCAGAGACAUGGUUGAGAUGCUUUUCUCGGAGGACCCAGAGCUUCAGCUCGCCACAACACAAAAAUUCAGAAAACUACUUUCCAAAGAGCCCAACCCACCGAUUGAUGAAGUUAUAAACACGCCUGGCGUAGUGGAGAGGUUUGUGGAGUUCUUGAAGAAGAGUGUCAACUGCACACUACAGUUUGAAGCAGCUUGGGCGCUGACCAACAUAGCAUCGGGCACAUCCAUGCAGACUAAGACAGUGAUUGUGGCUGGAGCAGUGCCAAUCUUCAUUGAACUACUUAACUCAGACUUUGAGGAUGUCCAAGAACAGGCCGUGUGGGCCUUGGGUAAUAUUGCAGGUGAUAGUGCGGUGUGCAGGGACUAUGUGCUGAACUGCGAGAUCCUUCCACCAUUAUUAAUGCUUCUGACCAAAUCCACUAGAUUGACCAUGACUAGGAAUGCGGUGUGGGCUCUGUCUAAUCUCUGUAGAGGAAAAAACCCUCCACCUGCUUUUGAAAAGGUGGCACCCUGUCUGCCAGUACUGUCCAGGCUUUUAUUUAGCAGUGACCCAGACUUGCUGGCAGACGCCUGCUGGGCCCUGUCCUACCUCUCAGACGGCCCCAAUGACAAGAUCCAAGCUGUCAUCGACUCCGGCGUCUGCAGGCGCCUCGUAGAGCUACUCAUGCACACGGACUAUAAGGUGGCCUCCCCUGCCUUGAGAGCUGUAGGAAACAUUGUCACUGGAGAUGACAUCCAAACACAGGUGGUGUUGAACUGCUCAGCCCUGCCCUGUCUGCUGCACCUCCUCAGCAGCGCUAAAGAGUCCAUCCGCAAAGAGGCAUGCUGGACCAUCUCCAACAUCACAGCAGGAAACCGAGCACAAAUACAGACGGUAAUUGAUGCCAACAUCUUCCCAGUUCUGAUCGACAUUCUACAGAAAGCAGAGUUCAGGACCAGGAAAGAGGCGGCCUGGGCUAUCACUAACGCCACCUCUGGAGGAACACCAGAACAGAUCAGAUAUCUGGUGAACCUGGGCUGCAUUAAGCCCCUGUGUGAUCUGCUGACGGUGAUGGACUCUAAGAUCGUUCAGGUGGCUCUCAACGGGCUGGAGAACAUCCUGCGGCUGGGCGAGCAGGAGGCCAAGCAGGAGAACAACGGCUCUGGAGUUAACCCUUACUGCAGCCUCAUUGAAGAAGCCUAUGGUCUUGACAAGAUCGAGUUCCUCCAGAGCCACGACAACCAGGAGAUCUACCAGAAGGCUUUUGAUCUAAUCGAGCAUUACUUCGGGGUGGAGGACGAGGACAACAGUCUAGCCCCCCAGGUGGACCAGGCCAACCAGCAGUUCCUUUUCCCACAGCAGGAGGCCCCGAUGGAGGGCUUCCAGCUAUAAGUCCGCACCCCUCUCUAAAAUACACCAUUUACCCCUCCAUACCUCCCCAUCUCAUGGAGGAACCCUAGAUGCCGGAGUCGAACCUCCAUGCCCUCUUCCCUGAUCUACCACAAACACUCUCAGAACCCCCUCCCCCACACCCUCAGAGGAAAGCUAAAACUGUCCCGCUCUCCCGCCUAAAAAAAACAAAACGCCCCCCUUUCUCUCUUUACUCUCCUAAACCAAUGGACUCUUGCAUUGCAGACCUUUGUGCUACCUGGCCGAGGGGAGAGCGCCACACAAACUCCAUUACACUUAGAAGAGGAAGUGAACGCCUCACAGCCCAAAGUGUGAGUCUGCCCUGGCUUCUAACGCACACGCAGACAUCUUCCUGCCAUUUGACAGCUCUCAUUGGCAGUAACGAUGGUUUGUUGGUUGAUUUCUUUAUAAUACACUUUCUUUUCCAAUGGGACGGUCCCAUAUUCAGGAUUCACCCAUGCAUCCCUAGACUGAGUCCACAGACUGGGGUGCAUGAGGUGAAAUAUGCCUAGCUCUUGAUGUCAGUCUGACUUAGUGCAAUUCAAAAAAACUAGUAACAUUAUCCCUUUUUGUUUUAUUUUCCUCCAACUCUUAUUUAUCUGCACCUUUUUAGUGCUUGUGAUUUUUUUUUUUUUUUUUUUUUCUACACACUUUCAACCAAGAGGCUCCCUGAUCAUUAAGCUGAUCUCUGCAUAAUGCAGAUGGGCAAAACAAUAGGGGGUGUAUAUAUAUGUAUCUGUAUAGAGGGUUCAGAGGCACAAAUGUCCACCCAAAGUAAAGGGCCUUCUACUGCCCAAACUAAGAAGUGUCUUUUUUUUUUCCCCUUCUAGCAAAAUUCUUUUUUUUUUUAAGUUGGACAAAUUUGAGGGGGAGGGUUGACGUGGGAAGAAGUGUAAGAAAACUUAGGAAGGGCUCUGGAUGGGAUGUUGGAAAAGGGAUUGGGUUUUUUAGAGGAUAUGUUUAAAGAUCUAGAAAAAAAAAAAUCCAGUUUUGGAGGGUGGUAUAGUUAGAGAUCCAAUGUUCGUCGUGUGCUGUGUUAUAAAUAACAAAACAUUUGAAUUAUGAAGUGAUCUAACUAUUAAACAAGGCAACAGCUGGGGAUUUAAGGGGGGGAACGUUGCCGGCAGCAAACCAAACUUAUUUUUAUAUUUAAAUGAAUUCAAGAGAUUGCAGAUGUUUAAAAUAGGGUGAAAUACAGACAUUUCUAGUUGUUGUCUGAUUUCAUUGAAGCCCAGUGUAAACAUGUUGCUGCUGGUUUUACCCCCUCCCCAGCUGUAUGUGGUAGGGUUUUUGCAUGGUGUUAUAUUACCCUGCGUACAGUCACUGAGUAUCCCUGGCCAAACACAGACAGUUGGCACGGAGAGAUAAGAGAACAGUGUGAAGAAAAUACCGUGAGACUUUGCUGUUCAGAGUUCCUUGUUAAAACGCAGGAACCCGGGCCACAGCUAAUUGGUUUGGUGGUGUUAACAGUGAUAGUGUAGUGAUGGUGGUGGUGUUUUGUAUAGUGGUAGAGUUGGUAUAUAACCUAUGGCAUUCUAUAUCACUAUAUCUUUGAGGAAUGGGAAUGACAACCGUUGAUGAUUUUUUGCAUGGGUCCGUUGUGAUAUUGAUGUAAAUAGCCGCUCCUCUGCCUGGCAAGGAAAAGUGCGCCGCUUCUUCGUCCCCUCGCGGGUCUAAUAACAAGCCGAGGUUUGGCCGGGGAUACAUCUCAAGACAAGUGACGAGCCUAACUGCAACCAAAAAUUCAAGUAUGAAGAUAUAUUUGAAUUUUGAUGUAUUUGCAUUAUAUAUAUAUAUGUAUUUGCGCACACUUCAUGCACACUUGCAUACAACACCAGCAGACACUGUACACACACCUCUCACAGAUGAGUGGCUAGUAGCAAGUAAAAUCGUUUCCAUAGUCUUUUUUUUGGAGUGGAAAAAAAAGUAGUUAUUCUUUCAUUUUAGUUUUAAGUUUGGCCUUUUUGGCCCGUUUUUGGUUUCAUAGCACUUAGUAUAUUUUCUUUAUUUAUGAAAAACAUUGCCCUUAGUUUGGUUUUAAUUAAGAUUUUUUGUUUUAAUUGAGACAAUGAAAAGAGAUUUUUCUCGAGUUCAAAAGUGCACACAUAGGUCUCAUGGAAACUUUUUUUUUGUUUCUAGCCACAUGACUUAUGGUGGUUUAAAUCGGCCCUGUAAACCCUGACCUGGGAUCAGCCCUGCCUGUGACAGCAGCUGAUCUUGGAUCAGGGUUUUUAGGCUUUGUGGAUGGAGCAGAACUGUGGUAGUGUGAUGUUUGACUGACAGGCACUGUGUGAGGAAGAGGUGGAUUGACUCUAUGACUAUGUCCCUGUCCGAGUCUGGGAGACGCGGUUCUGUGGAUGACUAAACCAGCCCUAACAUUAAAUCAUGAAACUGUGAACAGAAUAAUGUUACUCUCAAAAAUAUAUAUAUUAUGGAUUAGUCUGUUGAAUAUUGUGUAUACUUGAAAUACACUUUCAGCAAAGAGGUUUUUUUUUUUUU